AUGACUAGACCUUUAAAUAACCACGCCGACCCCGUUGAGAGGACUUCUUCUCCGUAUCCCGUCGGACAGCUUGGACCAAAGUCACAACUUUUGGCAUCUCGAACAGGAAAUUAUCACUCUACAUCUCUACGUCUGCCCAACAUGGUUACCGUUAAUACUGUUAACAAAACAGCUCUGCACCCAGGUGGUGUUCAGCCGGUGAAGGAGCACACCGAACUGGAGGAAGAACUCCACGAGAAGGCACACAUCGAUUAUGAUCGAGUAGCCAUUGUUCCCAACCCAAGCGUCGCCGCCCUCUACGAAGACGCUCUCGUCUACGAGACCGGGUCUGCCAUCACAUCUACAGGUGCCCUCACAGCAUAUUCAGGAGCAAAGACCGGACGAUCACCUUUAGACAAACGAAUUGUUAAGGAGCCUGGAUCAGAAAAUGAUAUCUGGUGGGGACCAGUCAAUAAGCCAAUGACACCUGAUGUUUGGAGAAUCAACAGAGAACGUGCAAUCGAUUAUCUUAACACCAGAAAUCGGAUUUAUGUCGUCGAUGGCUUCGCAGGAUGGGACGAGAAGUAUCGAAUCAAGGUCCGCGUUGUCUGUGCCCGCGCAUAUCACGCAUUGUUUAUGCGAAAUAUGUUGAUUCGACCCGAACGAAAAGACCUCGAGCACUUCCACCCAGAUUAUACUAUCUACAAUGCGGGUUCCUUCCCUGCCAACAGAUACACCGAGGGUAUGACCUCCGGUACCUCAGUCGCUAUCAACUUUUCAGAAAAGGAGAUGGUUAUCCUUGGUACUGAGUAUGCUGGUGAGAUGAAGAAGGGUGUCUUCACAGUUCUCUUCUAUGAGAUGCCUGUUAAGCACAAUGUCCUGACGCUUCACUCCUCUGCCAAUGAGGGCAAGAAUGGAGAUGUUACUGUUUUCUUUGGUCUUUCGGGUACUGGCAAGACAACUUUGUCAGCUGAUCCUAACCGCGCGUUGAUCGGUGAUGACGAGCACUGCUGGAGCGAUCGUGGUGUGUUCAACAUCGAGGGUGGUUGCUACGCGAAAUGCAUUGGCCUCUCAGCUGAGAAGGAACCUGAUAUUUUCGGCGCCAUCAAAUUCGGCUCUGUCCUUGAGAACGUUGUCUUCAGCCCAGAGACUCGUUUGGUUGACUAUGACGACGCGACGCUCACCGAAAAUACUCGCUGUGCAUACCCUAUUGAAUACAUUGCAAACGCCAAGAUUCCCUGCCUAUCGACAAACCACCCAAGCAACAUUAUCCUCCUUACCUGCGACGCCCGUGGUGUACUGCCACCCAUCUCCAAGCUCAACUCUGCACAAACUAUGUUCCAUUUCAUCUCAGGUUAUACCUCCAAGAUGGCUGGUACAGAAGAUGGUGUUACAGAGCCCCAAGCAACUUUUUCGUCUUGUUUCGCGCAACCAUUCUUGGCCUUGCAUCCUAUGCGAUAUGCUAAGAUGUUGGCUGACAAGAUUGAGCAUCACAAGGCCAAUGCUUGGUUGUUGAACACUGGAUGGGUUGGAGCUGGUGCUACCACUGGAGGCAAGCGUUGCCCACUGAAAUAUACCCGUGCUAUUCUUGAUGCGAUCCACUCUGGUGAACUUGCUAAGGUCGAAUAUGAGACAUACGAAACAUUUAACUUAGCUGUUCCUAAGACCUGCACUGGCGUCCCUUCAGAACUCCUGAACCCUAGAAACGCAUGGAGCGCUGGACAUGAUAGCUUCAAGGAGGAGGUCACAAAGCUUGGUGGCCUGUUUGUCGAAAAUUUCAAGAAGUAUCAAGAUGAGGCUACUGAGGACGUGAUUAAGGCGGGCCCAGCAGUCAAGGUUUAG